UGACCAUCUGCCUAUCAUCUCAAAGUUUCCAGAGCAGGUUGGAAUGGAUGCACUGGCUAAAUCUGGGAAAAUCUACCUGUGCCUGGGUCUGGGGUAGAGGAAAGUAGGAAGGUUGUAGGGGAAAGUUUGAUCUCCUCCCUGGGUGCAUCUUUUGUUGUCAGGUCAUGCAUAUUUUGGGGCUUGAAAGAACCAUAUGAAGAAAACUAGAGAAGGUGUAUGGUCAUUGGAAGACUUUUUCCAGGCCACAUCUUCCUUUUUUUCUCUUGGCUCCCAAUGGUUUAGACACUUGGCUUUGUACCUGAAGGCUGGUGAGUUUUUAAUGAGUAACUUGAGACCUUCAUGAAAGACUAUCAUGAAAACCCAUAUGAUACAAUCACUGGGAAGUAUCCCAGGCUCUAAAUUUGGACACAUCUAGCCAGGCAUUUGAGUUUCUUCUUCCUAGAAUCUCACCAGAGUCUCCCACGUCAUGCAGGGAAGAUGAUCCAACACCAUGCCUGGCUCUGUGUGCAUGAUUUGGGUCACUUAAUAAGGGCCUUUGGGAUCCACCAGUAUAACCCCAAACAACAAAUAUAGGUUUGGAAAAUUUGGUGUGACAGCAGGCACAUGGAGAAAAAGCUUACACCUUGUUGAAACCAAAGCACUCCUCCAAUUAUAGGGCAAUGUUUCUGUCUCUUUAAAGCCAAAUAGUUCCUUCACUAGCUCCACCCAAUCUGAGCUUCCUGUCUCAGAGGUUUAAAGUGUGCAAACUUUAAAAAAAAAAUUCAUGAACUUCAACAUAUUAUGUAUUUCAAUCCAUUGAAAUUAUUAUUCUCAUUGGUACUCAAAUUACCCCAUCUCUGUCCAGUCAGCCUCUUCAAGUUGGCCCUGUACUCCUUUUGGUAAGAUCCAAACAUUUUUUUUGAAAGUGAUCUCUGCACCCAAUGUGGAGCUAGAACUCAUGAACGUGGGAUCAAGAGAUGCAUGCUGCAUUGACAGAGCUAGCCAGGCAUCCCACGGUCUGAGUAGUUUUUGAUAGAAUCCUCGCUUUAUAGUAUGACUAGAUAGUGUAGGAUCCACUUGCACGUUUCUUGGUCCAGAUCUGGAAUUGGUACAUUCUCCUAAGAUUCUUAAUGUUUUUGGUGGGAAAUGAAUGGCAUUUGAAGGGCACAGUAUGGGCGCUAAGGGUGUUCAUUGCCACUGGGCUUGUCCUUGGGCUUCAAAACUACACAUGUGCACAAAAAGCUAAGAAUAGGACAGGAUUUCUGAAAACAAUUUAAGAUUUUCUUGACGUUUUUUCCCCCCUAUUUGGCCUUACACUAUAUCCCAUUAGGACAAUAGCCAAUGAAGCAACUACAUUUUCAAGUUUCUUGGACCAAUUCUUUGUGGUUUGUCUAUUACACGAAAUACUAUGUAUUGCAUUUGCUUUUGAUUUUUACUAGUUAUCUGAAAAUAUAGUUUUUGUUGUAUAAUUAUGUAAGCUAUUUACAGAUGUUCCUCACUAUCCACAAGCAGAAUGUUCCUAUGAAAUCUUUUAUGAAACAAAAUGACAUAAAGGAGAGCAGCAAUUACCAUCAAUGUACAUGGAAAAAGGGUGCGCCUUCCCAGAUCUCCCCCAAAUAACCUCCCUUAUGUGUUUCUGAUACUUUUAGACACAACUUGUUAACAGAUGCACACAUUCAAUUGAGAGAAAGCCCACGUGCUCAUCUGGCUCACAGACUGGUGACUGGAUGGUGAACCCCUGUGUGAGGUUCCCGGGGAAGGUGAUUGGCAGCUGGCGUGGACAAGGGCCCACUCGGCCUCUCCAUUAGCUCAACUGGCUGUAAAACAAAUGUGGAACGCUGUAUUCGUGUUCAGCUCUUUUUUGUACAAAUGAAAAAUCCUCUUUGAAUUUAUGUCAGCCGGCAACAACAGGUACACAUGUGGGUCUUUCAUAAAGGAAAAGAGGUGUAAUUCGAACUCUCAAAAAGAAGGAAGUACAUGCUUUCAAGACAAAUCUAUGAAAUCUAAGUAUACUCAAAGUAAUUUCCAGCUUCUACCCUGCCCCUGCCUUAUUCCUCCCAUCCCUCUGUCAGCAAUUUCUUUGGUGGCAGUUCAGAUGAUCUGCCUUUACUUUAUCAUGUGCCUGAAAUAUAUGUUGUAUUUUGUACCUACAGUUCAUGUUCCUCCCCAUUAGAGAAAUGACAGUAAAGUAAAUAUUAUUUUCUUCACUUUGUCUUUUUUUUUUUUCUUAAUGAAAUAUCCUGGAGAUCUCUCCAUUCCGGCAUAGAGAGGUAUUUCUUAUUCCUUUCUACAGUUGGAUAGACAUUGCUGUGUGUAUGUACCUUAGUUUAUUCAACCAGACUCCUACUGGUGGGUAUUUGGUGGAUUUUUUGUCUUUAAUUAUUACAAAUAGUGACACAGAGAAUAAACAUAUGCCUAAACUUUUCCUGUGUUUUUGUCAGUGUAGCUCUGGGACAUAAGGAAAGGGAACUUCUUCCUCUACCCUUCAAGGUCUUACAGCUGCCCUAAGAAUUACAUUCACUUGAGGCAGAUUAGCAAGAGAAAAAAAAGCAGUGUGCACAGAUGCUCAGUAAUGAAACUAAGAUGAAGGGAAAUGACCAAGGCAGGCAGUUUUUAUACUUUUUAGGCAAAGAGACGAUGGAUCUGUGAGGGAUUGACAAAACAAGGAAAACUUAACUUUGGGAGCAUCUGUUAGGGAGGAAUUCUAAAGAGACUUUGGGCUGGGGUAGUAAAAUAGUGGAAAGUAGUGGGCUGUUUAUACAGUCUUCUUGGCUCUAGAUCUCCCAUCCCUGGACAUAAGGGUGUCUCUUUACCUCCUGGGACAGGAAGGACACCUUUUACAUGGGAGAAUUUGUUUCCUGCUUGCAGGAGGACAGAAGAGGGUCUUAGUAAUCUUCCCACAUAGGUUGGGUCUUAAGUUACUUUCACUUAAAAUAGUAUGCUGGGGCGCCUGGGUGUCUCAGUAGUUGAGAGUCCGUCUUCGCUCCGGUCAUGAUCUCACAGUUCCUGGGUUCCCAGCGUCAGGCUCUGUGCUAACAGCUUGUUGAGAGCCUGGAGCCUGCUUCAGAUUCUGUGUCUCCUUCUCUCUCUGCCCCUCCCCCACUCAUGCUUUGUCUCACUCUGUUUCUCCAAAAUAAAUAAAUGUAAAAAAAUUAAAAAAGAAAUAGCAUGCCAAAAUUGCACGUUUAACAGUGAGCUGCCCUGACUACUACAGGCAUAAGUCCUAAAAUUGGGAUUUAGAAUCCAAUAAAUGUAUAUGUAAUUUGUACGAUAUUGCCAAUUUCUCCUCUGUAUGUUUUAGACUGUUUUUCAAUUUCAUUAGCCAUGGAGAAGAGAACCUGUUUCCUCUAAACCUUUACUGACUGAUUAUAGCAGCAAAUUUUUUGAUUUUUGCCAAAUCGGUAGGUGGAGAAAUAGUAUCUCAGUGUAAUUUUAAUUUACUAUAUUUAGUUAUUUUCUUUUCCUAUGUCGGAUUUAUUUUUCUCUACUUUAAGUGAGUGUUCAUGUAUUUUUACAUAGUUCAGGAGCAUUGGCAUUUCUUUUUUUUCUUUGAACUGUUUAUUCGUAUGUCUUGCUCCAUUUUCUAUCGAGCUAUUGGACAUUUGUCUCUCUACUUUUAGGUAUUCUUUGUAUAAGAAGAGAAUUAACCCUCUUUGAUAUAGUCUGACAUUCAUAUUUUAAUUGUGAUGCUCCUUGACUCCCAUUGUCUUUUAGGUCUUUAUGCAGUCAGAUGUAUGAAUCCUUUUCUUUACAAUCUUUCAGCUCUUAGAAAUAGUUGCCCGCCCCUAGGUUACAAAGGAUUGGUCUGAGUUUCUUCUAGUAUUUAUGUGGAUUGAUUUUUAAUGUUAUGUUUCUAAUGUAUUUAGCAUGUGAAUGGCAUGAAGACGUGGGUGCAGUUUUGUCUUUUUCUGUGUGGUUUUGUAGUUAUCCCAAUGCUGGUUAUUAGUCCAUCUUUCUCCCCAUUGCUGUGAGAGGCUGCCUUAUGGAUGAUAAAUGUAACGUAAUACAAUUGCACUGGAUACUCAUGAAUAUAGUAGACCAAUUUGGUCUAUCUCUGAAUUGUCUGUUUUUGUUUUCCGUUCUGUCUCUGUUCACACACAUGUCAUACUGCCUUAAUUAUAGGGGCUAAAAUAUUUUACUCUCUGGUAGAGAUGGCCCUCCCUCAUCGUUCUUCUCUUUGUUGACUCUACAGGCUAAUUUUCUUUCUUCAUUCAUCCAAAUGAAGUUUAUAGUCAACUAUUUUAGCUGCAGAGAAAAAAUGGUGACAAAUUUCUUAAAAUUUAUAUUUCUAUAAAAUCACGUUAAAGAAGUAUCUAUUAAAACAGCAUUGAAUUUGGGGAAAUGUCUGUUCUGCAUCAAAGUGUUUUUCUUCUUAACUCUACUAAAGAGGAUGUAUUGUAAUAAUCCAUUUUCUCAUAUUGAACCACCGUAGUAUUUCUGAAAUAAAUCACAUGUAAUUGUGGGGUAUUACUUUUUAGUGUCUGACAAUUUAUUUGGGAUUUUUGCAUUAGUAUUCGCAAAUGAGACAUGUCUGUAGCUUUAUUUAUUGGUGAAAUCUUUGUUAGCCUUUGGGAUCAAUAUCAUACUUGUGGUAUAGAAUGAACAGGAAAGAUUUCCUUCUGUUUUAAGUCAUCAGGAAUAGUUUAAGAAAGGUUUAAGUGAGAUCCCCAUGAAACCAUCUGGACCUGGUACUGUUUUGUAGGGGAACUCUUUAACUACUUUAUUGUUUCUUCCAUGGUGAUUGAAUUGUUUCAUCUUUUUGUCUAUAUGGGACCAACAUGGAUAGUACACUACUGCAGGUUUUCAUGGAGAAACACAAAGGAGAUAGGAGGAAUGUGAUGGUUUCCACUUACCUUCAUUGACUCUUUUUCUUCUCCUUCCCUUUUUUACGACAUGGCAGACCCUCAGGACAACACUCUGAGGAUUGUUUUGGUGGGGAAAACUGGAAGUGGGAAGAGCGCAACGGCAAACACCAUCCUGGGGAGUAGAGUCUUUGAGUCUAGAGUUGCUCCACAUGCUGUCACCUCCAGCUGUCAAAGAGCAUCCCAGGAAUGGAAGGGGAGGAAACUUGUUGUUGUUGACACCCCAGGGCUCUUUGACACCAAGGAGACCCUGGAUACCACGUGCAGGGAAAUCAGCCAGUGCGUCCUCUACUCCUGCCCUGGGCCUCACGCCAUCGUCUUGGUCCUCCCGCUGGGCCGCUACACAGAUGAAGAGCAGAAGACCGUGGCAUUGAUCAAGUAUGUCUUUGGGAAGCCAGCCUUGAGGCACAUGAUCAUGUUGUUCACUGGCAAAGAUAACUUGGAGGGGCAGAGCCUAAGUGACUUCUUAGCAGAUGCAGAUGUGAAGCUAAGAAACAUCAUCAGCGAGUGUGGGAACCGCUACUGUGCCUUCAACAACAGAGCCUCAGAGGCCGAGAAGGAAGCUCAAGUGCAGGAGCUGGUGGAGCUGAUAGAGGAGAUGGUACACAGCAACGGAGGGGAUUACUUUACUGAUGCCAUUUACAAGGACACAGAGAAGAGGCUGAAUCAACGGGAAGAAGACCUGAAGAAGAUCUAUACCGAUCAAUUAAAUAAUGAAAUUAAACUAGUAGAAAAGGAAUAUGCUGAUAAAUCACAGGAAGAACGGGAGGAAAAAAUAAAAUGGCUAAAGAGGAUUUAUGAUGAACAAUUAAAAAACAUCAGGGAAGAAGCUGAGAAGGGCAUAUUUGAACAUGUUUUAGAUUGGAUUAGGAGGGUGCUUUCAAAAACAUGGCAUAUGUUCUGGUAGUAAAGAUCAUUUCAUUUUUUCUUUUGAAUUUACGAUGAUUUGCAAUAGUGGUAGGUUGUAGUUUCCAUAGACAGCUGUGACAGUAGCUUCUACUUAUGCUUCCUAUAAGCUGACCCUGUUACUCCUGCCACUGAGUUGUGGGGCCUGUGUCCUCUACCUUGGAACUGACCAGAUCUGGGACUGUUUCAAUUAAUAGCAGAUGAUUGAAGUAACACCUUGUGACUCUAAGGUUACAUGUGGGCAAUGCUACCUUGCCCUGUUGGAGUUCUUGCCCUUGGAACUUGACUGCCAUGUUGUGAGAAAGCCUAGGCUGCCUCUUGAGAGGCCCCCAUGCAGAGGGCCUGAAGUCACUGGCCCACUUCCCAGCUCACCUUUCAUUUGUGACUCACACCAACUUGCCCGCCAUGCAAAUGAGGCAACACAGAAGCGGGCCCUCCAGCAGCCCCGCCAUCUCAGUUGAAGUUGCAGAAAGCAAAGAUGAGCCCUUCCCACUGAGUCCUGCCCAAAUUGCAGCUUUAUGAGAACAAAUAAAUGAUGGUUUUUGUUUUUAA